CUGCACUAGUUCAGCCUGCACUGUUCGAAAGAACACAUUUUCUUGCACUGUCUGAUCGAAAGAACGCAUUAGUGCAAACUUCGUGAACUAGUGCAGCCAGUUCAGGUCGAAAGAACAAACCUAUAGACAUCUGUGGCUGAAUGUGACUAUUGGGUAAAUGUGAUUCGUCGAAGUGUGUUAUGAAUUAAAAAAAUAGAUAAUUGUUUUAUUUAAAUCUCUUUAAACUUAAAUUAUUAUAAAAAUAUAAUUAAUUGAUUCCUUUUUGCGCGUAGAAAAACGUCGAAAAAUUAAAAUUAAGAAAGAAUUUUUUUUUUAAUGUGUAUAUAGGUUAAAGCUAAAGACAACCUGAGUUAGGUAAUUUCAUUAUUAUUAUGUACUGUAUAUUUAUUAUUCAAAGUUAUUAUGAACGACAAGACAUGUUUUUAUAAAAAAAAAAGGAAAGCAAAGAAUACCUCAAAAAAUCAUGACAAUAAGCCAUGUCAGAAUAAAAAAAAUCUUAGCUCUGAUAAUCUUGAUGUCGGUAGACAUGCAGACAUUCCAUAUUAUGGAUGGAGAUUGUUUUUUCCUGAUAAAGAGUAUAAAGUUAAUGGUGCUAUUACAAAGCAGAUUAAAGCUAUAGAAAGAUUUGUAGAAAGACAUCAAGCUUUAUCUUCUUUGCUCACAAUGACAAAUUUGGAGGCAGGAAUGUCAUUUGACAUUGACAUCUGCGAAUUGUAUAAUGACAGUGAGUUUAUGAAUCAAUGGCCAAAUUUUAAAGAUGAAAUAUAUGAAAAUCCAACAAAUGCCUUAAAUUGUAUGAAACUUGGCAUUCAUCAAAAAAUUUUGGAGACAAUACCAGAGGAAAAUUUAAAGUAUGUCCUGAAAUCUAUUAACAGUUUACCAACAAUUAAAUUAGGUCUAUUGAAUUAUCAACCACUUAUAAGUUUACGAGAUCUUAAGCUAAAUUAUUAUGGCAAAUUAGUAUCCACUAAAGGUUGUGUGAUAAGAGUUGGCAGAGUAAAAUAUCUUGCACAAUGGUUGACAUUUGCCUGUUCCAAAUGUCAUUUACAAACCUUGGUUAAACAGACACAGGAAAUAUAUACAUUGCCAAAGAAGUGUGAUGUUUGUGGUACAUCAAAAUUUUACCCGGUUUUAGAUUCCCCUUAUGUGAAAAGUACUUUGUUCCAAAUAAUUAGAAUACAAGAGCCAUUGGAUGAUGAACAGGAUAAUAAAGGUAGAGUACCUAAGGUACUUGAUGUAGAACUUCUAGAUGAUUUAGUUAAUAUUUGUAUGCCUGGAGAUGAUAUAACACUUACGGGUAUUAUUAAGAUAUUUUAUUUCAAGGUACAAGGAGUCAACGAUGGUGCAACAAAGCCACAAGUUGGGUCUCCGUUUUCUUUAUAUAUGCAAGCAAUAGCUGUGAUUAAUAAAAAACAUAGAUGUAAAAAUAAAAGAAGUUCUAUGAGCAGUGAAAUUUCAUUGAAAAAUUAUUUAGCAAUACAAGAAAUAUACAAAGAGCAAAAUCUUUUUGCAUUGCUAGUGCAUUCUUUAUGCCCCAAUAUAUAUGGUCACGAGAUGGUCAAAGCUGGAUUAAUAUUAAGUUUGUUUGGUGGUAAUGCAAAACGCACACAAUCACGGAAUGAUAUACAUAUUCUAAUGGUUGGAGACCCUGGCCUUGGUAAAUCACAGAUGUUACAAGCAUGCUGUCGGAUAUCUGUGAAAGGUGUGUAUAUCUGUGGCAAUUCAAGUACAUCUUCUGGGUUAACAGUGACGCUCACGAAGGAAACAGGAUCUAACGACUUUAUUUUAGAACCCGGCGCUUUAGUUUUAGCUGAUCAAGGCUGUUGCUGCAUUGAUGAAUUUGAUAAAAUGUGUUCUCAGCAUCAGGCAUUAUUAGAAUCGAUGGAGCAACAAAGUGUUACCGUUGCAAAGUCAGGCGUGUUAUGUUCGCUGCCUGCGCGGACUUCAAUCCUCGCGGCGGCUAAUCCUAUAGGAGGGCAAUACAACAAAAGUAAAACAGUUACAGAAAACUUGAAUAUUAGUCAGCCUCUUCUUUCACGAUUUGAUUUGAUCUUCUUAUUAUUGGAUAAACCAAACAAACACUUUGAUAGUCUAUUAUGCAAACACAUUAUGACUGUUCACACUAAUUCGCACGCAAAUUCAAAUGCAGAAUCUAUGGAAUUAUCUUUUGAUGAUGAAAGUUCUUUAAGGAAAAGGUUGAUGUUGCCACGGUCUAGUGACAUUAUACCAUCGUCUAUUCUACGAAUGUAUAUCUCUUAUGCACGACAAUAUGUGAAGCCAAAAUUAUCAGUCGCAGCUGCAGAUGUACUACAGAAGUACUACUUGGAACUUCGAUCUAAACAUAAACAAUUUGGCAGCAUACCGAUAUUCAACAGACAAUUAGAAGCCAUGAUUCGAUUGACUGAGGCUAGAGCAAAAUUAGAAUUACGUGUUGAAGCGACUGAGUCAGACGCAUUAGAUGUAAUAGAUAUAAUGCGAUAUGCAAUGACAGAAACGUUGGAAAAAGAUUUCAUGGCGUCAGGAUUAAGUUUGGACGGUAAAUUUACAAACAGAAAACUAAAAGGAUUUGUCAGAAUACUGGAAAAGAAAGUAAAUAUGAAUAAGCAACAAACAUUUUCAGUAAAAGAAUUAAGUGCACUUGCAAUGUCCGGAAAUAUUUCGACAAGCGAUUUUACUACUUUAAUUUCAAAACUAAACGAAGAAGGUAUUUUAUUAAAAAUCAAGAAAGAUACGUACAAAUUUAUUGCUCCAUGAUAAUAGAAAACCUGUACAUAUAUACAACGUGAACGAGUAGCGUAAUUUAAUGUAACGUAUUUUGGUACUAUAAUCAUACGAGAAUACAAAUAUAUGUUUCUUUUUCUUA